GGGCUAAAGAUUCUUGGGCCGACAGGCGGUCUGGCAGAGGGAAAAUCGCGUCUGUGUUUGGCGUGGUCCAAGCUGCGUUGACCGCUGCUUGAAGGGCGAUAGCGCGCGAAACUAGGCGUGGAAAGUGUUGAGGGGGAACGGCGGACAGACCCUUUUCCAACUAGAGCCACUGGCUCCUACUUUGCGAAGUUGGAAGUCUCAUUUCUCUUUGUCCUGCGAUCAACUCGCCACGACGACACCGAAGCAAGGCACGACUUGUGACGUCGAGCAAUUCAGUCUCGAGCGUAUUUCUGGUUUUUUUGUCCCUGUGUGCGACGACAGGGAUUUUGCCGCGACAGCACCAGUUUUUUAUUUUGGGGCGAAAAGGUGGUUCGAUAAUCUUUCGUGGCCAAUCGUCGUACAGGGACAGCCAUUGGUCGCAAAUUCAAGAAAACUGCCAAACACCCCCACGAUAACGAGCGAUUGUCCAAAACAAGGCACUUGUGAGCAGGAGAAAGAGCAGAGAGGGAGGACAAGAGCAAUGGGACUUGUGGCUGCCUUUUGAGACGUGAACCUCGUUGGGUGGCAGGAACAAUACUUACCACCUUUGUGGACAGCCAUUGGGACGAAUCCUCGACUCGACACCUGAACCACCGUCAUUCGACCGCCGCUCCACGCCCCCCGAAGCUCGGAGCAUAUUGCAACUCGCACCAUACGUAUACCCUCCUCCCGCUCAGCUUCCCACCUUGUCGCGAAACGAAACGUAGCAGAGCUCCUUGCCUGCUGAGCGUGCUGGCAGCAUAGCGGCUCCCACGCAACACCGCUUCAACAUGCUCGGCAACCUAAUACCUACGCGUUGGCGUAGGAAUCACGACAUCACCGACCCGGAUAAACCAGGCAAAUACAAUGCCGCAAUCACACCAUACCUGCAAACAGUGUCGCUAAAGGCAUGCACACAUCCCAUCCGGACAAUCGCUCUGGUGGCGGUGCUGGGCAGCGCAUUUUAUGUCAAUUUGCUCGAGACAGGUUUCUUCCGGCCGCAAGCUGCAGUGAACAAGGUGGACUUUGAUGCGCUCUCGGCAGGGAGCAGAAGAUUACAUUUGGGAAAGGACACAGCGUGGAAAUGGCAAUUGGAGGAGAAUGGGAGCAAGAAGACAUUUCGCGCGGGCGAGAAAGAGCUUGCUUUGAUCACAUUGGAUUUCCUGGACGCGGGCAAUAACUCGCCAAAUGCUGUGCCUCCGCCGCAGGACUUCGAUGUGGAAGGCGUUGAUCUCGACAUGGUGCCAUCGAGCGCGAACAUCCUGUCUGGCUCGGAUAGCACACUGGCUUUCUCCCUCCCGCUCGAGCAGGCUGCGCCCUUCCUGGAGAAUAUCAAAGAGAUUGCUUCAGAGGGAGGAUGGGGAGUCGAUCCGGAUGCGACUAGCGACGAUGAAGGCGAGCAAAAGAAGUGGCUCAUGGCAGUGUCCAAGACAUCGACCGCGUCUGGCGGCGGCAUGGCGGAGUGGGCGCAGAACUCGUGGAAUGCUUUCCUGGACUUGCUCAAGAACGCGGAGACCUUGGAUAUCAUCAUCAUGGCGCUCGGAUACAUCUCCAUGUACCUGACCUUCAUCAGUCUGUUCUUGAGCAUGCGGCGAUUGGGCUCGAAUUUCUGGCUUGGAACUACCACACUCUUCUCCUCCGCAUUCGCAUUCUUGUUCGGCUUGCUGGUCACUCUCAAACUCGGCGUUCCCGAGAAUGUCGUACUGCUUUCCGAGGGCAUCCCAUUCCUGGUUGUCACUGUGGGAUUCGAGAAGCCCAUAAUGCUUACUCAGGCUGUCCUGUCUGCCUCUGUGCAAGCCAAGAACGGUAAUGGAAAUGGCGAAGGUCUUGCCAUUCAGAACGCUGUUCAACAGGCAGUUCGAGACCGCGGCUGCGAGAUCGUUCGCGACUACGCCAUCGAGAUUGCGAUCCUCUGCGCCGGUGCCGCUUCUGGUAUCCAAGGUGGGCUACGACAAUUUUGCUUCCUUGCAGCUUGGACACUUUUCUUCGACUGCGUUCUGCUGUUCACCUUCUACACGUCGAUUCUGACCAUCAAACUGGAAAUUAACCGCAUAAAACGCCAUGUCACACUCCGCAAGGCAUUGGAAGAAGAUGGCGUAAGCCGCAGGGUCGCCGAGAAGGUAGCAUCGAGCAACGAGUGGCCAUCUGGCGACAGCGUUGGCGAGGUUGGCAACAACUGGAUCAACAUCUUUGGCAGGAGAGCUCGUGACAGCAGCAUUCCUCGCUUCAAGGUGCUCAUGGUCACUGGCUUCAUCGUGAUCAAUGUUGCCAACCUCUGCACUAUGCCUUUCCGCGGACAUGGCCACAACACUCCUGUCUCUACCGCUGGCCUCUCAAGCGUGGUGACUUCACCCCCUCUGGAUCCAUUCAAGGUCGCAGGAACCGGUCUCGACUUUCUGUACCAGCAAGCCUCCAAGGGCAAGCAGCCGCUUAGUGUCACGGUUUUCAAUCCGAUCAAAUACGAGCUACAAUAUCCUUCGCUGCACUACGCUUCGCCUGGCGACGCAGACUGGACGAACCUGAACGGCGAUCUACAACAAGGUCUUUUCCAUGCUCUUGGCGGCAGAGUCGUCGAGAGCUUGUUGAAGAGCUUCGAGGAUCCCGUCCUCAGCAAGUGGAUCAUUUCCCUUCUCGCAAUUAGCUUGGUGCUCAACGGCUAUCUGUUCAACGCUGCUCGAUGGACCAUCAAGGAGCCUGGUCAUGACGAGGCAGCUGGACAGACUGCCACUUCCGCCGAUGCGCCCAAGACUAACGGUCAUGCAAUCCCACCGAUCAAGACGCAGCCCGCCGAGGACGUCCCUCCACCCGUCGCGCCGGAAGCACUUGAUGGAUCGCGAAAGCGCACACGUGAGGAAUGCGAAGCUUUGGUUGCCGCCAAGCAGGCGCCUCAACUCGACGAUGCCGAGCUUGUCGACCUUGCUGUUCGUGGUAAGAUCCCUGGAUACGCAUUGGAGAAGACGUUAGGCGACAAGACUCGUGCUGUCAAGAUCCGACGAGGACUGAUUUCGCGUACGCCGGCCACUGCUGAUCUGACAUCGAAAUUGGAGAAGUCGAAGCUGCCAUACGAGAACUUUGACUACGACCGCGUCCACGGCGCGUGCUGCGAGAAUGUUGUUGGAUACCUGCCUCUGCCUCUUGGUGUCGCUGGCCCUAUCACUAUUGAUGGCAAAAGCUAUUUCCUACCCAUGGCUACCACUGAAGGCGUGCUGGUCGCCAGUACGAGCAGAGGUGCAAAGGCUAUCAACGCGGGCGGCGGUGCUGUGACUGUUCUCACUGGCGAUGGCAUGACACGAGGACCUUGCAUUGGAUUUGAAACACUUGCACGAGCAGCAGCGGCCAAGGUCUGGCUUGACAGCGCCGAGGGACAAAAGGUGAUGAAAGAUGCAUUUAACUCAACGUCACGAUUCGCUCGCUUGCAAUCUCUCAAGACUUCGAUCGCUGGCACAUACGUCUAUGUUCGCUUCAAGACGACAACUGGUGACGCCAUGGGCAUGAACAUGAUUUCGAAAGGUGUCGAGAAGGCACUCAGCGUCAUGUCAACGGAAGCAGGAUUCACUGAUAUGGCCAUCAUUUCCGUCUCUGGCAACUUUUGCACAGACAAGAAGCCUGCUGCAAUCAACUGGAUUGACGGGCGAGGCAAGUCUGUCGUUGCAGAAGCCAUUAUUCCAGGCGAUGUGGUGCGAACCGUGCUCAAGUCCAAUGUGGACGCUCUUGUUGAGUUGAACAUCAGCAAGAACUUGAUCGGCUCUGCCAUGGCGGGUAGCAUCGGUGGUUUCAAUGCCCACGCGGCAAACAUUGUUACCGCGAUAUUCUUGGCCACUGGUCAAGAUCCGGCGCAGAACGUGGAAAGUAGUAAUUGCAUUACUGUCAUGAAGAACUUGAACGGAAACCUCCAGAUCUCCGUCUCCAUGCCCUCCAUCGAAGUCGGCACAAUUGGCGGCGGUACAGUGCUCGAACCCCAAGCCGCCAUGCUCGAUCUCCUCGGCGUCCGAGGCGCGCACCCUGCCACACCCGGUGCCAACGCACAACAACUCGCCCGUGUUAUUGCCGCUGGUGUCCUGGCCGGUGAGCUUUCGCUUUGCUCAGCACUCGCAGCCGGCCACUUGGUUCAGGCACACAUGGCACACAACCGCUCGGCCGCUCCUACGAGGGCGCCCAGCCCGCAAAGAACGCCGGUUACCCCGGCCCUGUCAAUCACUAAGAUGGACGGGCAGUCGAAGAGGUAGUGCGAGAGAAGCACAGGAUCUUGAUUGACUGCGAAAGCAAGGAUGUGAAUCAAAGCAUCCAGAGUGGCCGAAAUCGACAUGCAUGUAAUGUUUGGAGCCGCAGGGAGUCAUUGCACUUGACAUACUGCAUAUUCGAAAGCCCAAGGACAAGGGACAAAACGAUGGAAACAGAUCACUUCGCCUCAAGGCAGCAGCAUAAUCGCAUUCGAGUGCGAUGACGAUGUGUAUAUAUUCAUAAGGACUUUUCUAUUCGGCAGAGAAACAUCGUGGAACGACAGUGGGAAGAUAGAUCGAGCGAUACUAUCCUUCCUUUGCAGUGGUCAGUAGAUGGUUAACAGAUGCCUAAGCGGCCAAAGAAGAGACCGACUUAUAAAUCCAUGAACUCACCGGUGCUCAGCGAAUCCAUCUCGGCUGUUCAAUCGUCUGUGCAUGUCUUCUCCAGGUGUACUGCAUUGGUGGUAGAGUGGCAGCAGAGUGGCAGAGGGAUGCCAGUGUGGACCAAAGGCCGAGUGCAAAGUGUGAUGUACGAGGAAAUAUUUCAGUAGACGUCCAGAUGUA